AUUCUGUAAAAAUGGCAAAUAUUGGGAUUGGCAAGGAAAGGGGAGAUAAUGCAACAGACAGGGAACCAUUCAAAGUUCAUUGGUUAGAUUCAGCAUACCAGCAAACUCUACUGCCGAAUGCACCAUGGCACUUGAUAGAGGAUAGGAUAUCCCAGGUGUUGGCUCAGCGUGUUGAGAAACAGUUCCUGAAACCAGAGCGUAAAGAGGCCCUGCUACAAAUACUGGGGCAAGAUUUCACUGAUAAAUAUCUGUCUACUGCUAAACGUAAUCCAUGGGUUCUGGAGUUGCCAGCUAUGACACCAGAGGAGAAACAGAAAAUGUUACGGGAGGCCCAGUCUUACCUUAAUAGUCAGAUGUAUAAAGCUGCCAGUGAUGUCGGCUAUGAACACAUGACAAAACCAAAUCCAAGUGGAAAUCCUCCCCCAGAUUAUUCAGCAUUUCUACAGCAUACAUUUAACAUAUUUAAGAUUGGUCUAGACAGGGAGCUAUACAGACAUGAGCAGGAAUUAACAAAACAGAGGAAGCAUCAGAUGAACAUGGAGAGGAAGUAUUUACAGAAGAUACCUGCUCCUAGCCGACUGAAACCGGUUAGUACCGGAAUUAGUUCAGUAUCGAGUGGGACGUCCACUAAACCAAAUAGUGGAGUUAUGAGAAUGGAGGUACAGAAAGUGGACGGUGAUCCACCACCUUUAUGGGGUGCUCAAAGUGAUGAGAUUGGUAAAUCUAUACUGGCUAUUCUACAGAAAGAUCCUCGCAAGUUUGAACAUGUAGCCGAGCGUUUACACGCGAGACAGUUACCUGGGAGUCUGAGAGCAUACAUGUGGUCAGAUAUACUGUUUAAAGAGGAGAGAAAAAGACUCAAAGAAGUUGUUGUAGAGAAGGUUGUGAGAGAGAGGUUUGCGAAGGCUCUAGGACGAGGUAUACAAGAUCUGAAGAUUAACAGGGCAACAAGUUCACCUAUCAAUGGUCUGAUAGAGAAUGCUGUUAUUGAGACAUACAACAAGACUACAUGUCUGGUGCCGUUCAAAAACCCGGAGCAUAUGAAGGAAGCUAUAAGAACCCUGAAUGUUCUUUAUGUGUAUGACAGGAGUUAUGAACCUUAUCUUAUAUACUGGUUAUUUCCCCUGCAAAUAGCCUUCCAACAUCAAGGUCAACAAGAAGAUAAAGGUGAAACUGUAAUUGAGCUGGCUAUGUACAUGGACCUCUUAAACUCCAACUGUUUCCCAACAUGGCCGGUUGUGUUUGCUAUAGCCGAGAAAUCUCUGACAUCUAUACGUGACUCGGACCCUGACUUCUACAAUCAUCUUAAAAUGAUCUCCAAAAUUAAUGUGAAAGUUAAUCCAAAGGAGUUUCUAGUACAACUAUUACAUGAAGAGAAAGCGAAGGCGGAGCUGUUAUUACAGACAACACCAGGGGGCGUACGUGAACAGGAAAUGUCAGCUCAGUUACUGGCCGACCCUCUUGUAUUCAUACGUCGCUGGAUUGGUGAGGGUUUUGUGAGUAUUCUGGAUGCACCAAGCGUGAUGUAUAUCUGGGACCAGUGUUUCCUACAGAACUGGCACAGUACUGUUUUAGAGAACUUUGUUGUGGCUCUACUUGAGCUACUGAGGCAUAAAUUCAUGGCAGCCAGAGAUUACCUGGGUAUGAAAGAGGUGUUCAUGAGAGAGCCGUGUAAGUUAUACACGAUAGAUUUACAGCAGGCAUUUUUACACAUGGAAAAAGGAAAUGAUCCUUCAGAUAUACCUUUCCUUAACAGACAGAGACCUGGCACACCAUUGACACAUGUUAGUCAGCUGUCAAAUCCGUUCAGUGAUCCUGUAGGUGGAAUUCUCAACCCAUGUGGACUUAAAGAUGUCAAAUUAGAACUUGUUAUACCAUCAGAGGUCAUGCAAAGGGAGCCCUGGUUAGCAAGUGUAGAUCCCAACAAUUUAAAACUAAAUGUUGUAGCUUACUUUGGAGAGGUACGGUUGAAAUCCAACAGUUCUAUGAUGCCUUCAAAUGUCAUCUCGACUUCACAAGAUAGUUAUGGAAAUACAAUAUAUCAGAUUGUUUAUCCAGAGGACAAAUUUAUUUUCUCGGAUCUUGAUUUAGCGCCGUAUGAUCUGGAACGAGAGAUGGGAGCCUAUCCAUAUGCUAUAGUGAGAGUGGAUUACACCCUUGUAGAUCCUGCCUCUCCUAAAAACAAGAAGGUGAUUCCAGUAGGGUGGGCAAGAAUUCCUUUGUUUCAACGGCAGCAUGUCCAUGGUGCAACGUCAGUGACCUCCAUUGAUAUAAAGUGGGACCUUCAAGAUGGGGAACGAGUCUAUGACCUUCAUCCUGGAGAAAUUCCUGACACCCUUAUCUCUACCCAGCCAGUGACUCCACUAGAAGGUGGUCAACCCCAGGAAGGUGCUAUUCUCGGAUAUAAUUCCAAAUUAACAUUGAUGGUCUUUGACCCAAAGAAUGAGCCUCAGGGUAAAUUUAAGGCUUCUUUACCCCCACAGAUGCCCCCUACAGAUACAAGAAAGCCGACACCCAUCCCAUCUCCCAGACAACCUACACCAGUAAAGACUCCCACGCCAGUAAAUCCAACACCUGCUCCUCCAUCAAGAACAUUAAAUGAUGAACCAUGGGUACCUCAUAAGAAAGAAUUGACAAGAGCAGAUCCCAAACCUACUGGUCUGAGAGACCCUAUAGAUCUGUAUAUAGACAGUGUUAGGUUCAUUCCUGAUAAUGCCACUGUAAUAAAGGUGACUGGAAGAGUUUUAAGAACUGGCUCAGUUGGAAAUGUAGAAGACAUUUUAGUGUUACCUGACCUUAACAGCUCGGCACGCAGUCCGACGUUUACAUAUCGUCUCACUAUCAAUAUGGAGAAGAAAGAAGCAGACGCAGGGAUGCUGGCAUUCCUCAGAGUGUAUUCUGUUGACAUUGUUGGUGAUACAAUAGGUGUUGUAGGAAGUUGUCUAGUACCAUUCUUUGAUACUAAAAAGAAACUGCGUGUUGGAGGUUACCAGUAUAGGUUACACAAUGGCAUGCCGGUGCUGGCCCAGCCAACUGGGAUAUCGGGGAUCAAACCUACUGAUCUGGACACUAUACCCACUAUGCCAGGUUCAUCUAUGUUGGUGAGGAUCAUGCCACAUACAGAGGGACAAGCACCGUAUCCCCAGUACUCAUCAGGAUAUUUUGAGUCUUCAACGUGUCAACCCUCGGCUUCUGAGUACCGGAUAUUCCGGAGUUAUAAUGAACACAUGGCGUACCCAUCAUCUGUGAGGGAAAUGAUACAGAGGAUCAUGGAGACUGAUGGACUACAAUCUCACGGGAAAUCAGAUACAGAGUUGUUGGACUGGUUACAGAAUAGAUUAGAUAUCCGUCAACAUCUGACACCAGGGCGUCCAGCCGGAGAUCUGUCUCUCCUACGAUGUGUUCGAUAUAAACUCAAGAUGGGCCUUAAAGUGAAAAUAAACAAGGUGUAUGGGAUGCCAGAGGGAGUGUACAUCCAGUGUUUUGGGCGUGUUGCACCUGGAGCUAAGGUUUUGAGUAUGGAUCCUACAGCUGAAGGGUUUGGUGGCGAGGAAAAGUUUGUUACUCUCAAACACAACUUUGACAGCUUCCAGAGUGCCCAGGAAUGGACAGAUGACCCCACUCAUCUGCAUCCAUUCUAUGACCAGAACUCAUGUCUGGUGAUACAACUGUUUGGGUUAGAGGUACAAUACCAUCCUAAACCUGACCAUAGAGAACCUGGUACUGUUACAGAUAUCAAGGGGAACGAACUCUCCCUGGAGGACGAAGCACGCAUCAUUGGAUGGGCUGUUCUGCCAAUGUUUGAAGGAAAUAAAUUUGGCUCUGUCCCAUGGAACUCAGUACUGGUAGGAAAUCAUCAUGUUCCAGUGUUUAAAGGGAAACCAUCAGCUGAGAUCCUACAGCAACUGACCAUGUUACCAUGUGAACAGGUCCUGCAACAACAGAACUGGACCGCAAGGACUAAAUAUAAUGCAGGCAGUAUGGACCUAACACUGUGGGAUGCUCACUUUGAUUAUGAUGACAUACCAGAACUGCCUAUCUAUGAAUAUCUGUUAGAGCCAGUGGGUAAGUUAGCUGACUAUCGCAAGGCUCGGAAUCCAAGCUCCGGUAAGACAAUGAACAAUUUUGUUCUUGAUGUGCUGGAAACCAAAUACAAGAAGCAAGGUACCAAUAACUCCAUUUUCCAGAAAGAGCGAGGCUUCUUCCAAGAACUCAUGGAAAAAACAUUUUAUGAGCUUAUGAUGUACAUUGUCAGUAUUGAGAGUCCAUUACUGACCCCUGCGUGAGGUUAGGAGUUUCUAGGGUACCAAACGAUUGUCUAUGAAAGUGCAUUGAUGACAUCUGGAUAUGGUCCGUUGUAAAGUAUAUGUUAUAUACAGUAUCAGAAUCAUCUCAUCUGUAUUCCAUGGAUUUAAAUUCAUUGUAGACAACAUUUUGUUCAUUGAUACAAUUUUAAUACAAAGUGUUCCAUGGAUAUAGUCUAUUAUAUUACUUGUUUUCUAUGGACACAUUUUAUUUAAUACAAUAGAUUCAAUGGAUAUACGGGACAUAUUUUCUGUGGAAACUAUCAAUCAUUGAUCGCAAAUAUUCCAUGAAUACAGCCUUUUGGCAUUUGUUCCAUAGAUACAGGCCAUUUGGGUACACUUCUUUGUAAAACCCACCACAGCCAAAUAUGACUUACAACAUGUGAAAAAGAUAACAAAAUAUUACAACAAUUCUACAUUAUUGCAAACAUCAUUUAUGAAAUAAGAAUUUCACAAUUGUUUCCUUUUAUUUCUUUUUUUAGCUCACCUGUCACAAAGUGACAGGGUGAGCUUUUGUGAUCGCUUUUCGUCCGGCGUCCGUCCGUCCGUCCGUCGUCCGUCCGUCGUCCGUCCGUAAACUUUUGCUUUAAAUGACAUCUCCUCAUAAACCACUGAGCCAAUUUCAUCCAAACUUCACAGGAAUGUUCCUUUGGUGGUCACCUUAAAAAAUUGUUCAAAGAAUUUAAUUCCAUGCAGAACUCUGGUUGCCAUGGCAACCGAAAGAAAAAUCUUUAAAUAUCUUCUUUUAAACAACCUUAAGAGCUAGAGCUUAGAUAUUUGGCAUGAAACAUGUUCUAAUGGGUGUCUACCAAGUUUGUUCAAAUAAAAGCCCUGGGGUCAAAAUUGGCCCCGCCCCGGGGGGUCAUUGAUUUUCCCUAUAUGCAUAUAGUAAAAACUUUAAAAAUCUUCUUUUAAAGAACUGUAUGAGCUAGGCUAAGAUAUUUGGCAUGGAACAUCUUCUAGUGAGUGUCUACCAAGUUUGUUCAAAUAAAAGCCCUGGGUCAAAAUUGGCCCCGCCCCCGGGGGGUCAUUGAUUUUUCCUAUAUGCAUAUAGUAAAAACUUAAAAAAAUCUUCUUUUAAAGAACUGUAAGAGCUAGAGCUUAGAUAUUUGGCAUGAAACAUCUUCUAGUGAAUGUCUACCAAGUUUGUUCAAAUAAAAGCCCUGGGAUCAAAAUUGGCCCCACCCCAGGGCGUCAUUGAUUUUCCCUAUAUGCAUAAAGUAAAAACUUAAAAAAUCUUCUUUUAAAGAACCCAAAGAGCUAGAGCUUAGAUAUUUGGCAUGAAACAUCUUCUAGUGAAUGUCUACCAAGUUUGUUCAAAUAAAAGCCCUGGGGACAAAAUUGGCCCCGCCCUGGGGGGUAAUUGAUUUUCCCUAUAUGCAUAUAGUAAAAACUUAAAAAAUCUUCUUUUAAAGAAUCGUAAGAGCUAGAACUUAGAUGUUUGGCAUGAAACAUCUUCUAGUGAAUGUCUACCAAGUUUGUUCAAAUAAAAGCCCUGGGGUCAAAAUUGGCCCCUCCCCAGGGGGUCAUUGAUUUUCCUUAUAUGCAUAUAGUAAAAACUUAUAAAAUCUUCUUUUAAAGAACCCAAAGAGCUAGAGCUAAGAUAUUUAGCAUGAGACAUGUUCUAAUGGGUGUCUACCAAGUAUGUUCAAAUAAAAGCCCUGGGGUCAAAACUGGCCCCGCCCCGGGGGUCAUUGAUUUUCCUUAUAUACAUAGCAAAAACUUAAAAAUCUUCUUUGAAAAAACCCAAAUAACUAGAGUUUAGAUAUUAAGCAUGAAACAUCUUUAAGUAAAUAUCUACAAAGUUUGUUCAAAUAAAAGCCCAGGGGUCAAAACUGGCCCUGCCCGAGGGGUGUCAUUGUUUUUAACUAUAUGUGUAUAGUAAAAACUUAAAAAAUCUUCUUUUAAAAAACCCAAUGAGCUAGAACUUAGAUGUUUUGCAUGAAACAUCUUCUUAUGGGUGUCUACCAAGUCUGUUCAAAUAAAAGCCCUUGGGUAAAAAUUGGCCCGGGGGGGGGCUAUAUACAGGUGAGCGACCUGAGGGCCAUCAUGGCCCUCUUGUUUAAUUACACUGAUUGUUGUCAACAUACGAUGAGUCCAUCCAAAUACAUGGUUGUUUAUUUGUAGAUUACUCAUUUUUGUUUUGUUAGUUAAUUAUCAUCUGAAAGUCAGUCAUGUCCUACAUAGUUUAUGUAUAAUCUUAGUUUUAUCUUCAAACAACUGUCUCUCUUAUUGUAAACAUGAACAUGAUUUUUACCAAAAUUUCAUGCAUUUUAAAAAUUUUAGUACGUUUAUCAUAUGUUUACGUUUAUCAUAUGUUUACGACAUUAUUUAGGCAAUGGCUAUGUAUUCUAAUGAAGCUGGUAAUGACGUUAAAAAGUUGUGUAAAGAAUAUAAGAUUUAUAAAAUGUUCAUCAUCUUGAUGCACUAUAUUUACAAAUAUUUCAGCCAAAAUAUUAAAGAGUGUGCGCCAAACAUUGUUACUAAUUAUGAACUGUUGUUACUUGUUUAUAUGGUUUAUGGCUAUUUAUGGGGUAAGAAGCGGCUAGCAUUUGAUGCAUAAUGAUUUGUACUUUUUAAAAUAAAUAGUGUUCGAAACAA